AUGUCAUACCACAAAGCCAUCGUAAAGUCUGUACUCUCGGGUGAUACUAUAGUUCUUCGCGGUAAGCCAAAAGGCAAUCAACCGCCACCAGAACGCCAACUAAAUCUCGCAUAUGUUGAAGCACCACGCUUACGUUUGGGACAAAAUUCCAAGACCGACGAUGAGCCAUUCGCGUUCGAGUCUCGUGAAUUUUUACGUAAGCUGUUGGUCGGUAAAGAAGUUUCGUUUGUCAUCGCGUACACGACCCCGAACUCUCGUGAGUUUGGAAGUAUCUUUAUUAGUAGCGAGAACGUAACUUUCCAAGCGCUACGUGAAGGCUGGGUAAAAGUUAGAGAUCGAAAAACUAAAGAUGACGGCGAUGAACUGGAGCCUUUAUUGUCUUUGGAACAGUCGGCUAAAGAAGCUGGAAAGGGAAUAUGGGGAGAUAAGGAAAAUUCUGUACGUGUUGUUAACUAUGCUUUACCAGGUGACUCUUCGCAAUUUUUGAAUAAAUAUCGAGGCACUUCUAUUGAUGGAAUAGUUGAACAAGUACGUGAUGCUUCCACUCUACGCGUUUUGCUAUUGUUGCAACCGCCUGAACCGCAACAAUAUAUUACCUUAAUGAUCUCUGGGAUUAAAGCUCCAAUAGUAAGAAAAGGAAUCCCGGAUGUAGAAGAGUUAAUCGAACCAUUUGGUGAAGAGGCCAAGUUUUUUGUAGAAUCAAAAUUAUUACAACGUGAUGUCAAAAUUGUGUUGGAAGGACAAUCGGGUAAUAAUCAGGCGUUAAUCGGGUCAGUAUUACAUCCGGCGGGCAAUAUCGCUGAAGCUUUAGUUCAAGUUGGAUUAGCAAAAGUAGUAGAUUGGAGUAUCACGCUUGUCACUGAUGGUCCGGUGAAAUUAAGAGCCGCCGAGAAAUUAGCCAAAGAAAAACGAUUACGUAUUUGGCAAGAUCAUGUGGCUAGAAGCAAAGCAGGCGGCGAAGAUCAUGAAUUUAACGGUACUGUUACCAAAAUUAUUUCUGGUGAUACACUUCAAAUUAGAGUAAAUCGUAGCGGAGUUGAGAAAAAAUUACAACUAUCGAGUAUACGACAACCGAAACCCAAAGAUCCAAAACUGCCCGAAUAUAACUAUGACGCCAGGGAACUCCUUCGUAAACGAUUAAUCGGAAAAGUAGUUCAUGUUACUAUUGAUUAUGAAAAACCUGCACAGGACAAUUUUGAAGCACGUGAAUGUGCUACUGUAAAAAUUGGCGAGACGAAUAUCGCCGAAAUACUCGUUGAACGUGGUCUAGCACACGUUAUACGACAUAAGAAAGAUGAUGAAGAUCGAUCUGGUGCUUAUGAUCAAUUAUUAAUUGCCGAACAGAAAGCUAUUAAUAAUGGAAAAGGUAUUCAUAGUGGAAAAGAACCUCCCGUUUAUCGAAUUGGUGAUGCCUCGGAAAACUCGAAUAAAGCACGUCAAUUCCUUCACUCAUUACAACGCAGUGGUCGUAUUCCCGCAAUAGUUGAUCAUGUAGCGAAUGGAUCACGUUUCAAAAUUUAUGUCCCAAAAGAAAACUGUAAAUUAACUUUUGUGUUGGGUGGAGUGCGUAGUCCUCGGCUUGGUCGGUCUCCAGCGGAAAAAACAGAACCAUUUGCUGCUGAGGCAUUAGAAUUCGCCACGAAUCGAGCUUUGCAACGUGAUGUUGAAAUUGAGGUUGAAAACGUCGAUAAAACUGGUGGAUUUAUUGGCACUUUAUGGUUGAAUAAAACAGAAAAUUUUGCAGUUUCCUUAUUACAGGAAGGUUUUGCCACUAUUCAUGAAUAUAGCGCGGAUCAAAGUGCAUAUGCGAAUCAACUUUAUGCUGGAGAAAGAGCAGCGAAAUCUUCUCGAAAAAAUAUUUGGGGACUACAUGACGGAAAUAGUUUAUCGAAUGAUAUUACGAAUGACCGUGAAGGGGUUACACAAGAACCUAAUAAAGAAUAUCUAGAUGUAAUUAUUUCCGAGGUUGUCUCGGGUGGAAAUUUCUAUAUACAGGUUGUAAAUGAUAGCAUUCAUUCAUUAGAACAAUUAAUGUCUGAAUUUUCACUGCAUCAUAAAAAUAACAAUAGCAAUCAAACAAUUACUCCUCGAAAUGGUGAGAUUGUAAGCGCACAAUUCACGCAAGACGAUCAAUGGUAUCGUGCAAAAAUCAAAAAAUACUCAUCUGAAGCAAAAACAGUUGAAGUUAUUUAUAUCGAUUAUGGUAACAGCGAGACAAUUCCGUUAUCACGGGUUCGCCCUAUUCCACCGAAUUUCUCACAAUUACCUCCGCAAUCACACGAGGCCGUACUCUCAUUCAUUAAAGUCUCACCACUCGAAGGGGAUUAUGGAAUCGAAGCGCUUGAACGAUUUCGUGAACUAACCGACAAUAAACAAUUAGUUGCAAAUCUUGAUUUUGUCGAGAAUAAAGUGCGACAUUUGACAUUAUAUGAUCCUGCCGUGUCACAAUCACCCGAAGCAUCAAUUAAUGCGGAAUUAGUUCGUGAUGGACUUGCUUUAGUUGAGAAAAGCUAUUUACCAGUAAAUCGGAUUGUUGUAGAGAAAUUACUCGAAGUUCAAGAUCAGGCAAAGAAAAAUCGUAUGGGAAUGUUCGAGUAUGGUGAUAUUACCGAGGAUUAA